AUGACUGGACUUUGUACCUGAAAGAGAGUUAAAACUAAAGAUAGUUGGGGUGGGGGGAACCAUUUCCUCCUUGGAUUACCUAGCAAGAAGAUUGAAAAUGCAAGCCUUUGUUCACCUCACUCUUUUCACCCUCCUUUUUGUAAUUUCAGCCACAGCUGCUACAAGUUCUACCCCCACUGCGAUUACUGGCAACACCGGAACUGCUCCUGCCCUCCCCACCACUCCCGCACCUGCCAACAGCGCGACGACGUCCGCAUCCGCAGGCCCCACCACUCCCGCGGGUGCCAACAGCGCGACGACGUCCGCGUCCGCCGGCCCCACCACUCCCGCACCUGCCAACAGCGCGACGACGUCCGCGUCCGCCGGCCCCACCACUCCCGCACCUGCCAACAGCGCGACGACUACGUCCGCGUCCGCCGGCCCCACCACUCCCGCACCUGCCAACAGCGCGACCACGUCCGCAUCCGCCGGCCCCACCACUCCCGCACCUGCCAACAGCGCGACGACUACGUCCGCGUCCGCCGGCCCCACCACUCCCGCACCUGCCAACAGCGCGACCACGUCCGCGUCCGCCGGCCCCACCACUCCCGCACCUGCCAACAGCGCGACCACGUCCGCGUCCGCCGGCCCCACCACUCCCGCACCUGCCAACAGCGCGACCACGUCCGCAUCCGCCGGCCCCACCACUCCCGCGGGUGCCAACAGCGCGACCACGUCCGCGUCCGCCGGCCCCACCACUCCCGCACCUGCCAACAGCGCGACCACGUCCGCAUCCGCUGGCCCCACCACUCCCGCGGGUGCCAACAGCGCGACCACGUCCGCGUCCGCUGGCCCCACCACUCCCACAGGUGUCAACAACGUGACGUCCACAGGUGCCAACAACACAGUGCCCACGCCUGCCACCCCGACAGCUCCCGCAGAUCUUUGCCAAGUUGAGUCCUGUGCCGGUGGCUCUUACUGUGUUAAUCUGAAUAGUACACAUGUGUGCCUGUGUAUAGAUGGGUUUUACUAUAAUUCUUCCAUCUGCAAAAAAGGAAAGGUAUUCCCUGGAAUAAUUCAAGUAAAAACACCAGACACAAAUAACCUGGAUAAUCAAAAGUCCAUAAACUAUGAAAAGUUACAUAAAGAAGUUAUCAAAUUUUUUGAAGGUGCAUUUAAAAAUUUAGAUUAUGGACAGACUGUAAUUCAGCAAGUAAGUCCACCUACUCCAGGGGGAUCUCAAAUGUAUGCUGAUGACAAGGUUGUGACGGUAACAGUAGCAAACCUUUUUGCAGAAGAUACAAAAGAAACUGAGACGACCAUAGCUGCUGCAAUUCAUAAUGCAAUUUCAAAUAGCUCAAACAUUGUAAACUAUACUAACCAAGAUCACUGUGAGUUUUAUGGUUGCAAAAAGGGCAGUAACUGCAGCAAUGGUUUUCAUUGUGAAUGCCGAGAAGGGUAUGAAAGACCUGACCCGUACACCGCUACAUGUCUUCCUUUAAGGUGUCCUUCUGCCUGCACCUUAAAACCCAAUACACAAUGCCUGGUGAAGAAAGAUGGGAGCUCUGAUUGCGUGUGCCUGGCGGGCUACAAGAAAGAUGAUCAUGGGACAUGUCAAGCGUGUGCCUUUGGUUACAACGGAGUCAACUGUGAAGACAACUUUCAGCUGAUUCUCACCAUCCUGGGCACCGUUGCUGGCAUCCUCAUUCUUGGCAUGGUGAUCGCACUGAUCCUCAUGAGAUCAAAGAAAACGAAGGACAGUGAAGAACAGCACCUGAUUGAGAACGACUUUCAGAAUCUGAAACUGCAGCAAACGACAGGCUUCAGCUUUCCAGAAGAAGGGAGCAUCUUCCCUAAAAUCACAACCAGCUUCCCCAGAGACAGUGGGAUGCACAAUCCCUAUGCAAAUCCUAGAGCCAUGCCCCGCCCUGACUAUUAGAAUAGUAAGAAUCUGGAACUAUCCAUGGCCCUCAACCCACUGUAUGAGCCUGUAUUUUGACUGAGAGACUGGUGGAGAAGUGAGCAACAGUGAAGAUCUGGCCUUUGCUCUUUUUCUUCCAUCUGAUAUCUAGCCUCUCUGAAUGGAAGUUGUGAAUGUUUGCAAGACUAUAGCUUGUUUGCUAAAUACCUAUGAAAUUAAACACACUUACAUGCUAUUAGCACUUGUAAGACAGUUGAUUUUCUCCUAUCAGUACAAUGAUUAGGGUUGUCUUUUUCCCUCCCUGGUGAACAACAAUAACCAUUUCCAAUCUAGGGGAAAGUUCCCUAAGGUUGUUUACUCCUGGGAAAAUGUUGCUCUUGAGUUGAUAGCCUACAGAUAAGUAACCUAAUCUUGAGAGACUCAUACAUAUCAGCUGUGGCAGUCACAGGCUGGGAAGAGACACCAUUUUUUAAUGUUCUCCUAUCCCUCAGCUGUAGAGAUUUUAUUACCCUUGAAGCAGCAGGUGCUUAUGACCUGGCCUCACACCAAGAAGACAGAAAAAAACAUGUCUCUGCUUUUUCAGGAGGACCAGUAAAGUACAGGACCUUUCUGUGAAUUAGAAGGCUUGGAUGAGAAAUGGCCAUCCUGGGGUAUAGUCUAGAGUUUUUGAAAUGCCACUCGGUAGGAGAGACAGAGAGAGAAAAUGUGACCAGGGGCAGGAGGAACAGAGGCAGGAGGAAGCUGGACUGGGAAGAUGAGUAAAGGAGAAGGUACACAGGACCCACCUUCGUCCUCAGAUUCCCUUCCUCCAUAAGCAAAUGGGCCCUCUCUCUAAUUCAUCCCCACCCAAGACUCAGAGCCUAAGAAAAGGUGUGAAGACAAAACCCCCAGGAGCAAGAACUUGAAGUCACUCUGAAGUUGCCGGCAUUCUGUCUGGCUGAUGGUGAGAGAGAGUGGUGCUCUGGCUCCGGCUGUCCAGCCUUGUGGUGCAGAGUCCAGAGGGACUUCACUCAGGUCUCAGCCUUCAAUGGUGGCAGAGGCUCAGCUGUGGCCACCAACACAUACUCACCCAUGCAUGGUGCAGCCACAACCAGCACAGGCUUUCCUUAACGUUAAUAGUGUCCUUAUUUAUGUCUAAUGUCUGAUCCCCUUGCGAGUUAUUUUUGUUAUUAUUAUUCAUUCUUGAAUGUUCAUGUGAAAAAUAACAAAUAAAGUAUCUUUGGUAGAUGGUA